AGUCUGAGUUUUUACCACUUCCUUAGUUGAGCCCCACAGGGCAGGUACUUUCCAAAGGCAUUAGCCGCUUGUCACACAGAGGCUAACCAGAAAAAUGAUGGAAAACACUCCGCGGGAUUACUCCACUGUUCUUCCAGAGUUAACGGAUGACUGCGCCAUCUGUUUGGACCGAAUUAGAAUGAAGAAAUCCUUAAAGUGCUCGCACUAUUUUUGCUCGGACUGUAUCGACUCGCUUUUUAAGUUAAAACCAGCUUGUCCGAUAUGUAACACCUACUACGGAGUUUACACAGGCAACCAACCGGAAGGCACGAUGACGGUGUCCCGCACCUGGCAGCGUUUACCUGGCUUUGAACACUGUGGAACUAUUGUCAUACAAUACAGCUUCCCGGCAGGAAUACAAGGGCCUGAGCAUCCAAACCCUGGGGUGAGGUACAGCAGAACCUCCCGUAUGGCCUUCCUGCCAGCCAAUGAGGAGGGUGAAAAAGUCCUGAAGCUGCUGAGGAAAGCCUUCGACAGGAGACUCAUUUUUACCAUUGGGCGGUCUGUUACUACAGGUCUCAGCAACGUUAUCACCUGGAACGACAUUCACCACAAGACUAACAUGGAAGGGGGUACACAGCGUUUUGGAUAUCCAGACCCAGAGUAUUUAUCCAGGGUUCAAGAGGAGCUUCGUCUUAAAGGAGUGACGGAGGAUGACUGAUGGUUGGAGACGAUCAAAGUGCUUCUUCAAAUACCUGAAAUACAUAAUAGUUUUUAUAGGUGUCUUAUUUCACUACUGCCUUUUUUCUGCCUUACUAGAAUGGAUGCUCAUUACUGGAAGUUCUUAGAGUUAUUUUAAUGUAAUACAUGGGAUUAUUUUAUUAAGACAUGGACAUGUCCUUUACCAAAGCUUUUACUGCUGGCUGGAAAAGAAUGUAAUGGACAUAAUCAUUUGUAAUAAAAAACCAAAGAUCAAACUACA